AUGGCUCCCGGCGUGGUGGACACGCUGCCUACUCCCCCGCACCAGCUCAAGGGGACGGUCGAUCUGAAUCUUUUCCCUGACGGGCUCAAGACGACCGGCCAGCACCCCCCGAUCUAUGAAGAACUCAAGCCAUUCGAGGCCUUCCCCAAAGAAAUCACCGGUCCUACCGUCUGGACGGCCGAGGAGUACAGAGAGCACCCUGAGAAAUGGACCCAUCGUUUCACAGAGGAGGAGCUCGAAGAACUCAGCACGACGGCCGACAAGUUCAUUGCCUCUGGCACCCCGUUGACUGGCAUCUCCAAGAGCAACUUCCCCCUGCCGAAGCUGGGCCCGUUCCUGCUGGAGUUGCGGGACGACCUGCUCAAUGGCAAAGGCUUCAUCCUCUUCAAGGGCCUGCCGGUUCAGGAAUGGGGCAACCACAAGUCCGCCGUCGCCUACAUGGGCCUGGGCACGUACCUGGGCUACUUUGUCAGCCAGAACAGCCGUGGUCAUGUCCUAGGACACGUGAAGGACCUGGGCGAGGACCCGACCCAGAUUGACAAGGUCCGCAUCUACCGGACCAACGCUCGUCAAUACUUCCACGCAGAUGACUCCGACAUUGUUGGAUUGCUGUGCAUUGCUCGUGCCCUGGAGGGUGGCGAGUCGGACGUGGUCUCUUCGCACCACGUCUACAACGUCCUGUACAAGGAGCGGCCUGACGUGCUCAAGACCCUGUCGGAGCCGAUCUGGUACUUUGACCGCAAGGGUGAGACGAGCAAGGGACAGGAGGAGUGGAUCCGCACCAGCGUCAUCUACCUGGAGCGGGGCGAGAACCCGCGUGUCUACACCAAAUGGGACCCCUACUACGUCCGCUCCCUGACCCGCUUCUCCGACAAGGGCCUCAUCCCGCCCCUGUCUGACGCCCAGCAGGAAGCCCUCCGCGUGCUCGAGGAGACGUGCCAGCGGCUCUCGCUGCACAUGAUCCUUGAGGUCGGUGACAUCCAGUUCCUGGCCAACUCACACGUCCUGCACGCCCGGACAGCCUACAAAGACCACCUGCCGCCGGCGCCUCGGAGACACCUGAUGCGGCUCUGGCUGGCGACGCCGGAGAGCGAGGGCGGAUGGCGACUGCCCUUCUGGGACAGCAACGAGAAGAAGCGCGGCGGCAUUCAGGUGGAUGACACGCCGCCGGUGGCGCCGCUGGAUGCGGAACCUCCUUACAUCGUUCUAUUAUCAAAAGAGUCAAUCUGUUCGAAGGGGCUGCUUUCUUUGGUUCUUUACGCUCUGAUGCCCCCCCGCCGCAUCCACAUCGCCGUCCUGGACACGGACGUCCCCGUGCCCACCGUCUACGCUGCUCGAGGGCUGUACAGUUCGCAAUUCAGAGUCCUACUCCAGGCUGCUGCCGCAAGACUGAACGCAUCGGGGUUGUUUGCUGACGGGCCAGUCGAAGUCCAUACGACGGCCUACGACGUCGUAGGCGGCGCACUCCCGCCUCUCUCUCUGCUGCGGACGCAGCCUCGACAGCACACGAAGGACGACGAGGUUCAAAGAAAAUUCGGCCCAUUAGGCCCUGUCGACGCUCUCCUCAUUACUGGCUCCUCUGCCUCUGCCUAUCGACUGGACCUAUACCCCUGGAUUGCCCCCUUGCAAUCGUUCAUUCAGACGGUCAGCAGCAGCAGCAACAAAGCUGAGUGUCAUGACAACGGCUAUGUAUCAGUCGCCGCCUGCCCAGACGGCUACGAAGUGGGCAUCCACCCCAUCGCACUGAAUCCGGCAUUCGUGCGCGCUUUUCCGGGGAUCGAAGCCCGUCUUCCGGGACAACAGGGUCAGCAGAUGAUGAGGAUCCAGCUCAUCCACGGUGAUCGCGUGACUGCGUCUGAGUCUGAGUCCGGGUCCGGGUCCGCCCUUCUUCCCUCGCCAUGGCUCAACAUCGGCAGCACCAACAAAUCCCCGAUUCAGGGCCUGUACCAUCCCUCCCGCGUGCUGACCUACCAGGGCCACUUUGAGUUCGAUACCUCGGUCAACCGCGAGACGUGUCUUGAGUUUGCGCGACGACAGGGCUGGUCAGAUGCCGAUCGCGAGUCGUAUCUCGCCCAGAUUGGGCGUGCGUCGGCGGCAGCAGCAGCCAUACCUGGAGAUGGAGACGACGAUGACGCCAAGAUCGCGGCUGAAAUCGUGCUUAUGUUUCUGGCUGGUGUGGAGGAAAGUCUCUGCGGUGGAGGGCAGACUGCAACUGCAGUGUCGCGGAAUGGAUUGGUUACGCCGCCGUUGGCUGAGCCUGAGCAGGAGAAGAUAUGA